UUUAAAACAAUUAAACAAUACUACCUAUAUUUUAUCGCAAUUGAAGAGGUUUUUGAAACAAUGAUUAUUACAUAUAAUUUUAUUGGAUUAUUUAUUUUAUCCUUAAUUCUGUAUUUAAAUGCCGAACAAGGCAUGCCAGGAUUUCCUGGAAUUCCUGGUUAUAAAAAAAUAUUUUUAUAAUUCCGAAUUUUACAGGUCAAAAAGGAGAGAAGGGCUCUUAUGGAGAACCCGGUUUUCCAGGAGUGCCAGGGCAGCCAGGUUUGAAAGGAGAUGAUGGGUUUCCUGGUGCGCCUGGAUUUCCUGGUAUGAAAGGAGAAUCUGGUUUGCCUGGUGCGCCUGGAUUUCCUGGAACAUGUCCUGCAAAUUGUCGUUAUAGUAAGAAUUAUAUCUAUUUAGAAUUCGUAAAUUUUACAUACCAAACAGAUGAGCUUUUUCCUCAAAUUACUAAACUACAGGAAACAUUGGAAGCUUUGAAGAAAAGAAUCGAAGUGUUGGAGAAUAAUUAA